UGUGCGAUGCCGGGUCACGUUGAACAGGCGUGGACACCCGGAAGUGGAUUCAGACUCACCUGAGCUCAGAUCAAAGACAGGAGACAGGAGGAGGAACGGAUUCAACUUGACUUUGAUGAUGACAUCACAGCCCCUCUAGAUUUCUACCACAAACACUCAGAUGUGUCAUCACAAGAUCAAAAUCUGAAAGAUUUACCUAUACUCCUAAUUUGAAUUAUAAAUAAUAAUAAUAAUAACUUUAUUUGUAUAACGUGUGUCUUCAAUCAGCCCCCCCACCCUGGGGACCUCCUGCAUGAUACGAUCAGAGGUGUUUGACAUGUGUGAGCUCCAGGGCACAUGAACAUCCAUGUGAUUCAACAUCAAACUUUGAAAUGCUUCUUGCAUCUGAAGGCCUUCAUUGUCCCCUCCUCCUCCUCUUCCUCCUCCUCCAUCCUGUGGGCUCAGCUGACGUGGAGGAUGCAGCGGAGGAGCAGGUGGAGGUCGUCACCGACAGCUCCCCCUGCAGCGCCACCUGUGGCCUGGGGUUCAAAACCCAAACCCUGUGUUUGCUGAGAGACGACCAGAGAGCGACGGAGGAGGAGCCAGGAAGUAAAGAUGGGACGGAGGUGUCCGAGGAGUGUCGAGUGCACAAGGUGACGUGUCAGGAGUUGUGGCAGUGUGGCCUCCGGACGCUGACUGUGACCUCAGGACAGAGGCUGGAGGUCGACUGCCUGGGAGACGUGAUGAAGGCCAUGGGGUCGGUCUCAUGGAGGGUGUCGUGGCGUUUCGCUCGAGGAAUCAUCUCCUCUGACGACUCUCUGUUUGCUCGCUGGAAACCUCGUCAGCUGCACCGGCUGAUUCUGGACCCGGUCCGAGAGGAGGACGCAGGAACGUACCUCUGUGAGGUGCAGGACGGCAGCUUCCGCAGAGUGAAGAGGGUUUACUGGGGCGUCCGGGUUCUACCUGCUGGGAUCCUGGAUCUGGAUAACUGAGGAGCUGAGGCCCAGUGAGGCUCAACUGGAAACCUCGAAUACUGAUGAUUCAUUGUCUAUUACAGUAACUGUUUGUUCUAAGGCCAGAAUAUUGAUAGUGUGUUCUUGUAUGUUUGUGUGUGUCCAUCACAGAUUGUUUUUCUUGGAUUUACAAAUGAAAUGAAAAUUUAAAAAACA